GCUCUCUGCAGUUGUUGUAGAGAGGUGGGCCCGCCCUCCGCUAAAACACAAACACAAAGCAGAUAGGUGGAGAGUGUAGGUGAGUUUUUCCCGUCUGCCACAACUUAAUGGUGAAAAACUAGUGUUUGUUUCGGCGCAGAUAAACAGAGCAAGCAGCUUGGUCGUUUGCUUGUAGACAGUGACAGCUAGCAGUUAGCUAACUUUAACUCCCAACAGCGGCUAAAAAUAUUCUCCUGCGAAGUGACCUGAGGUGGACACAGCAGAACAGCUGGUGGGGAAACUACGUGGCACUGCAAAAAAAAGUGAAGCACCAUGGGCAACACAAGUGACAGAGUGGCUGGAGAUCGACAUGGUGCCAAGGCCCAUCGCUCAGACAGUGGCAGCAGUUCCAAAGACCAAGAACCCAGCAGCAAGAUGGUGGACAGCACAGAUGACCCCAACACCUUCAACACACAUGGACCCGAAUCGAAGGCAUCAGGAGAGAAAGAAUUCACCCCAGAUUUGGAUGAUCUGGUUAAAACUGGUCCUCAGGCUCGCCCCACUGUGAUCCGCUGGGCCGGAGGUGGGAAGGAGGUCUACAUAGCUGGUUCUUUUAAUAACUGGAACACAAAGAUACCGCUAAAUAAAAGCCAUAAUGAUUUUGUGGCAAUUCUGGACCUGCCCGAAGGAGAGCACCAGUACAAGUUUUUUGUAGAUGGACAGUGGGUGCAUGAUCCAUCAGAGCCGGUGGUAACCAGCCAGAUGGGAACUAUCAACAACUUGAUCCAUGUGAAAAAGUCUGACUUUGAGGUGUUUGACGCCCUUCAGGUCGACUCUUUGGAGUGCUCCGACACGUCAGACCUGUCCAGCUCUCCUCCUGGUCCGUAUGGACAGGAGCAGUAUGUCUUCAGACCUGAGGAGCACUUCAAAGCCCCGCCCAUCCUCCCGCCUCACCUCCUUCAAGUCAUUCUCAACAAGGACACCAAUAUAUCUUGUGACCCUGCCCUGCUGCCUGAACCCAACCAUGUCAUGCUAAAUCACCUAUAUGCACUUUCAAUAAAGGAUGGAGUAAUGGUGCUGAGUGCGACUCACAGAUACAAGAAGAAAUAUGUCACUUCUCUGCUUUACAAGCCUAUCUAAACCUCAGCUCGGGUGCCCCCCAGUGCUUUUAGCAGCAUGUUUAUAAUCUGCUGUGUUUUUUUUUUUUUUUUUUGUUUGUUUGUUGUUGGUUUUUUUGUGUGUGUCUGUGUUUGUGUAUAUGCGUGUGUGUGUGUGUGUGUGUGUGUGUGUGCGUGCGCCUUUGUUGUUACAUUUAGCUAAAUCUUGCACUGAAACAAGUUUACAGACGAGCUUAGAGGCCCAUGGCUGUGACUUGGGUUUUAAAGAGGCUGCACUUCUGUCUACAUAGGGCUCUAAACAAUAGUAGCGAAGUGUGUGUGCCAGGUGUUGGAGAAAGCAAUGAGAACCAUAUUGUGGCUUUUACCUUUGACAUCUACCGACGGAUAAGAGACUGACUAAAUCACUGUGUGUAUUCAAGCGUUUGCUGCUCCUUGUGAUUCAUAAUCAUGUUUUCUGGGGUGCGAAUCCUUGUUACACAUGACUUUUUUUCAGGUAGAGAACCUGUAAAUGAUAUGUUACGUUGGAUUUUGGGUUUUAAUUCAGUUGAGUUUGAAUUUAAUCAGUGUUGUGUGAUUGUAUUCACCUUUCCACUGAUUCCAUUAAGCUUUUUAGCUGAGUAAAUAACUGGUGAAUAACAGGAAGACUUAAACUGGGAUGAAGUCUAGGUCAACAGGCUGAUGCGAAGAGCAACAAAUUUAGCAUUGCUUGAACUUAAAGUGCAAUAAAAAGCAGAAAUACUACAUUUUAGCUCAGUCCAGAAGUAUCAUGUUUAUUCUUGUUUAGCAAGCAGCAGGAACAUCAGCUAGUGCUUAAACGUUCGCAACGACUUGGAGCUGUCCUUGUUUGUGAAAGAAAAGCAAAUUUCUUUUCAUUUAAUGUGACAUGAAAUUGUUUAUCAGUUAAUGGUUAAUUAAUUUAUAGCUGAUUAUCUUUUAGUGGCCUGUCCACAUGCGUGUACAGAGGCACAUUUUUUAGAAAGAGAGAGGCUUUGGCGACGCCAUAGCAACUUCCAGUUGCUAGGGAAAUCUGUGCGUUUCCUAACCAGCUGAAAGUGGUUGCUGGUUUUCUCAAAUGUAGUGCUAUGCCAAAAACCACCAUGUGAUUACUUUGUUCAUAGAUUAUGACAGCUGCCAUAGUUUUCAAGAAAGAUGCUGAUUUGUCUGCGAACACUUGAUAAUGACUCACCGACUGUUGUCCUCCGAAGUAAAAGCUAUGACUUAGUGAGUGCCUGAGGCUUAGCAGUCAGUUUCACAGCGACUGCCAGCAACCACACACAACAGGUUGUGCAAUACUAAUUUUUCCCUAACAACUGGUGGUUGUCAGUUGGUCUCCAACUGGUGUCUAGGCCCAUGUAACUGAGGCCUAACAUGGUCAGUCAGCCUUUUAAAAUAAUGAUAACUUUGUAUUAGUGAAUACAGUUUGCCAGUCAAACAAGAGUGAAGGUUUCUACAAUAAAAGAGCGAACUGUA